CGAGUUAUUUUUGAUGGGUCUGAGAAGAUGGCUGGGUAAGUCCAGYGGAAUCAAAUUUAAAAUGAUAGGAAAUGAAAUCGUGUCACCUACGAGGUACCCUGAUCUCUCAACAUCGUACCAAAACUUCGUGAACACACGUAUUGUAUCGUUGGAAGUGCCAUAACGGGAGGUUUCAAACAAGGCAGCAACCAAGUAGAGUAAGGGCUGAGCAGAACCCAGUGCUGACAAGAAUUUAUUAUCCGGAGCAUUGUUGGUGGCAAUACCUGUCCAGAAACGAUACGGUAAGAACGGACGUUGACAAUGGCGAGCGACUUCUACUGUGGAGCGGGCUGUAACAGCAUUGGAGGAGAACUGAUUGGCCUGGCCAACAUAACACCAAAACCUUCUGCUGUGUUUUCUACGUCGUCGUCAGGCUCGGCUCUAUCGAGUUUCGAUGGCGAUGGCAGCGGCGAUAGUGACGAUGCCACCCAUGAUGUCGGCAGCUGCGAAGAAGUAUACCGAGGGCAGCAACGAGGAUUAAACUCGAUUUUGUCAACCAAUAGAGCGACAUCGCCGCAUUUGACUCGCAACAAAGARAAACCAAUUCUUUAUUUGUSGAAACACCGKAUGGCAGAACUAUGUUUCGUGCAUAUUAUCCUGUUCGUUUUGAUCACCUUCUACAUUCAAACUUCCAAUAGGAUAGAGUUCCAAGCAACAAUCGGUGUCGGCACUCAAAGUGGAGUAGCAGCGACAUUGACCACCACCUCAAACUCAACUACCYUGACAUCUACAGAUAACAAGGACUGCAUCUAUGUCCCGGGGGGAGGCUUUAGUGGAUUCUGGUUUUCUCUGGGAAGACUCCAAUCCCUAGAAAACCCACAAAACGAACAAUUCGUGUGUUAUUCUGCGGGAUGCCUGGGAGUGUUCUCCAUUUUGUGGAACCAAUUCGAAAAUGAAAUUAACAGGAGCGACGAUAAAAAUAGUCAACAAUACGAAAGCUUAUACGAGAACGCCCGCGCGGUUCAAGUAGAGUGGCAAAAGGGAUACUUGCACCGGUAUCGAGUUGUCGAAACCUUUAUCGAUGCACUCUUGGAUCCGUUGGUAAAGGCCGACGAAUCGACGUCCSAAGCCUUUCUAGAAAUCGCUCACAAGACUAUGCAUAUUGCUACCACCGUGUUUGACGAAAACGCAUCUUUGAUUCCCAAAGCCACUAUGCAGCGACCAAAGGACGUAGCGAGCCUAAARCGAAUGCUCUUACAAACCACAUGGAUCCCCCUCGCCACUGGACMUUCUUGGACCCACAAGGGGCACAUGGACGGAGCGUUUUCUAUGAUCCAACACCCACACUGCCGCAAAAAGGUGGGGCUGGCGACRUCGGUAAUGGUCACCACAAACCGUUCUUCCAACACAUCGAUGCCGCCGUCGUUGUAUGAAUCCUUUGAAAAAUCGGCAAUCCUAUGGAMGAAUGUUCUCAACGUUAAUCUCAACAAGCGGGAUGUCGAGCGAUUAUGGARCUUUGGGUUAGAAUAUGGGGUGUGAUGAUCAAAAGCAAUAACAAACGCAUGCGCAAACGGAGGCAUCAUCGUUUUCGAUAUUGCAUGUAUCGCAGCAUGCGAUACGAAGCCGUAGUAGACGAUAGCAACAAGUCGAUGGACAGAUAUAGAGAUACUUUGUAUAUGUGCCACAUUUCAUAUGC